AUGGAGGCCACAUCUUCACAUCUUGGCCCGUCCCACCCAGUCGAUUUUAUCAUAAAUUUCGUACUGCAAACAUCAACUGGUACAGAUAUACCGCUAUACAGCAAGACUUUGGAAGUUGAAAAGAAAGACCCAGGUAUACCCGAUUUGGAUUACCUUUUUCCAGAUAAAUAUCCAGAAAUCAAGCGUUACGAGGGUGACAGAUCAGACGUGUUUGAUUCUGAGAAAGAGGACUACUGGCUCUUUUACGUUCACUUCCAUUAUGCAGAACUUGAGAUCGCCAUUGGAGGGGACGAACCUAUCUAUUUUGUCACCCAGGAUCCAUACAAAAAGGUCGGAAUCAAGGACUUUGAGCAUGCCCCUGCCAAGAACAAAGGACAAUCGCCAUGGCCGAAGCGCUACAUGUGGGGUGCGGAGGGGACGACCUAUGUUCGUAUCAGCCGCAAAAUGUUUUUGGGUGAUCACCAUCCCGCAUGGUUCGACUAUGUUUCGGGAGUGAUUCUCAAAGACGAAGUCACCAAUAAAGGGUGGGAAUUACUCUUGGAGGUGUUUGGCAGUACCGUACAGAUCCUCAAAGGUGUUCUCAGUGUCAGUGUCGCAGACGUCGUUCAAGUAGCGAUCAGUUUGGGCGACGCUUUCAACGAGGAGAAAAUGCAUCAAGAGGCCAAUUUUAAAGGCUUUCUCACUGUUAUCGGCGAUGAGAUAGAUCUUGGGAACAAGGCACGCAAGGAUGGAAAGAAAAAGAAGGCGGAAGAACCCAAUGUAACAAACAUUCUCAUCUUGGUGCAGCACAUCGAGGCUGGCAUGUAUUCACGUCGGGAUCUCGGUAGCAGGCCCAGAGAGAUUGAGUAG